AUGGACCUAUCUAUAUCCAAAGGAAGCUCCUUUGGUAGGCCAGUUGACUGCCACACGAAGCAACUAACUGACCCUGACCGUGUUCGGAUUCGCACCCUCUUUUUCGACGCCCAUCUCAACAGACAGGAGAUCUCCAGGCUGACUGGCUUCACUAUUUCCCAAGUCAAGCAGGCCCUUAGAUCUUCUGCUGCUGCUGCCCAGCCUCGAUCUGGGCGCCCUCCAGCCCUCAGUCAUGAGCAGGAGGAAGACCUGGUUGAAUAUGUGACCUCCUCUCAGCAAGGGCGCCUUGCCAGCUUCCUCCAGCUCUCUGUUGUCCUCUUUAAUGGGGCCUAUGGAGAGGAUGCUAUUCGGAGCACCCUUCGACGCCUUGGAUAUAGGCGAUAUGUGGCCAGGCAGAAGCCUCUGCUUUCUGAAGCAACUCGUGAGAAACGCCUGGCCUGGGCUCUGGCCCAUGUCAAGUGGCCCCUUGAGGAAUGGAAAAGGGUCAUCUGGACUGAUGAGACUUGGGUCCUUGGAGGCAACUAUAGGAAGGUCAAUGUGACUAGAAAGCCUGAAGAAGAACUGGAUCCGACCUGCAUUAUCCAGAGGCCUAAGAGAAAGCAAGGCUGGAUGUUCUGGGGGUCCUUUGCAGGCAGCAUGAAGGGCCCAGGGACAGUAUGGGAUAUGAAGAGCUGGGGGACUAUCACAGUUAAGUCCUAUCAGCAGCAUAUUGUCCCUCUUAUCCAUAGGUUUAUCUCCCUGCUGGAGAGUAGACUGGAGGGCAGGCUGGAGAGCAGGAGGAUUGUCCUUAUGCAGGAUGGUGGUGCCCCCUCUCACUCAGUAGCCAGUACUCUAGAGGAGCUGGCCAGCAGGGGCAUAGAGUUCAUAGACUUCCCCCCAUGCUCUCCGGAUCUCAACCCAAUAGAGCCCUGCUGGUGUUGGAUGAAGGAAUAUAUCCAGCAUCACUUUGGGCAUCGCCAGCAGCCAUCUCGCCAGACCCUAUACAGCUGGGUUCAGGAGGCAUGGGACGCACUUCCAGAGGAGUAUUGUGGGCAGCUCCUAGAGAGUAUGGGACAGAGAUGCCAGGCAGUGAUUGAAGCGAAUGGUGGGCAUACUAGUUUCUGA